GACUCCUUAUAGCUCUUAAUGAUCUCAAGUGUCUGUGUUUUUAUGUGGUUAGGAGUUUUGCUCACUGCGUGUCCCCCUUCCAUUUCAGUGUUUCCCAACUCCAGCGGUAGAGUAGGCUACCCCCAACAGGACCCAUUUUUCUUGUAGGCCUGGACAGCCACAGCUGAUUGAACAACCUGUCACCUAAAUUACCAAGUCCUCAAUGAGUAGAAUCAGGUGCAACAACAACAACAACAACAACAACAAUAUGAGGAGAGGGACACAGUGUACUAGCUGAUCUCCCAGUUGUCACAGUUUGGCCUUGUGUUCCACAUAGCCUAUAUCAGUAUUUGAGUAUGUUUCCCGCGUACGUUAGUUGCUUUCACGUCAUCUUUGAAAUCGCUCCUCCCUAGUCCCCUAGAACGAGCGCCCUCCCCUUUGCAACGCCUCCGAACAUAUAACAGAGGCGCGCUUUCUGUGCCGCCGGCCUCAAUCAGGUCGACCAAACGCAGAUAAUAGCGCACCGCGCACCGGCGCUGAAGUCAUUCAUUCACUUGAACUCAACUAGCGAACACACCAUGUCCGGAAGAGGCAAAGGCGGCAAGGGACUCGGAAAAGGAGGCGCCAAGCGUCACCGCAAAGUUCUCCGCGAUAACAUCCAGGGAAUCACCAAACCCGCUAUCCGCCGUCUGGCUCGCCGCGGCGGCGUGAAGCGUAUUUCCGGUCUGAUCUACGAGGAGACCCGCGGUGUCCUGAAGGUGUUCCUGGAGAACGUGAUCCGUGACGCAGUCACCUACACCGAGCACGCCAAGAGGAAGACCGUUACCGCCAUGGACGUGGUCUACGCUCUGAAACGUCAGGGACGCACCCUGUACGGUUUCGGCGGUUAAACCCACUCUCUUCGGAACCUCAACACCCCGACUCGAACCCAAAGGCUCUUUUAAGAGCCACC